CCCAGCACACUGUCUGACAACACUACCGCGCGUGGAGGAAAAAACGUGCGUGAUUUAGAUUACAUUACACUAAGAUUUUACAAAUUAUUAAUAAGUUCCCGAGUAUUUUUUCGACUCAAUUAAGUGAAACGCGAUGUGGCCGCGAUUUGGCAUCAAGAUUGGUAACAGCACCCUGUGCAUUGCUUACGUAAAGGCCGAUGGCAAGGCUGAAGUCAUUGCGAACAAGCAGGGCGAUCGUGUCUCGCAAGCGUGUUUGCUGUGGGAUGGCGACUCCGAGAUUGAGUGUGGUCUGACGGCCAAACAGAAGAUGGCCACACGGCCCAAACAGGCGGUGGCACACAGCUUCCAGCUGCUACAGCCCAAAGAGCACUUGACCGAGGAGAUUUUUGCCAAUGCCCUGAAGGGUAUUCCCUGCGAGUUUGACAAGGAGGAGCUCGUGUUCCGAAUGGAGCACGCGGUGCCCUCUGAUAAGGAAGACCAAGACGACAAAAUUGUGACCAAGGAGCUGAGUGCCUACCAGGUCACGAUGGAGCUGCUGCGCGCCGAACUGGAGUUGGCCCAUCAAUACCAUACGGAUGCGGAUCAGGCUCCCAUUGCCGUGCUAUCCAUACCCAGCUACUAUCCCGCAGAGGCCUUCAAGCUGCUCUCAGACGCUGCCGAAACUGCCGGCUUCCACGUGGCUCAGAUUAUAGCCGAGCCCACGGCGGCCGUCUUGGGCUACAACAUUGGCGAGGAUGAGCUGGCGACGCGCCAGCAUGUUCUGACCAUUAAGUGCGGUGGCUUGUAUAGCGAUUUCGCCCUGUAUGCCGUGCAAAAUGGUUUCUUCAUCGAGCUGGCCACCUUCGGGCCGUUCGCCAUCGGUGGCCGCCAGUUCACCGAGGCCCUGGUGCAGUUCAUUUGUGACGAGUUCAAAAGGAAGUACAAACUGGAUCCGCACGAGUCGCGUCGGUCGCUGGCCAAAAUCCGCACAGCAGCUGCCAACUGCAAGCACACCCUGACAACGAUGCCCUCCACUCAGCUGUACAUCGACUCCCUGAUGGACGGCGUGGACUUCAACGCCCAGAUGUCGCGUGCUCGCUUCGAGAGUCUCAUCCAGCCGGUGAUCAACAGCCUAAUGCAGCAGCUGGCCGAAUGCAUCGAACAGGCCCAGCAAAAGCGCCCAGAGCUGAAGCGCGUCGACCACAUUGUCCUGCUCGGCGCCACCAUGCAGAUCCCUAAGCUCCAGGCGGCUGUCGCCUCGCGAUUCCCCGAUGCCAAGCUCCACAACAGCCACUCGGCCGACGAAGUGGUGGCCAUUGGUUGUGCCCGUCAGGCUGUCUGCCUGCUUGAUCCCCUCGAGCAGCAGCUGCACAAGGCCGACGACUGUGUGCUCGUCGAGGAUGAUCUGUACAUUUGGCACGGCGACGACGAGGCGAAUGCCACACUGGUGCUGGGUAAGGGCAGCGUAUUGCCACAAAAAAUCAGAAUAACCCUGCCACAGUCGGGCGAGGCUGGCGAUGGCCCCAAUGAGUUGUCGCUGUUCAAGAUACGGACUGGAGACAAGGAGAUAUUGGCUAGUUUGCCCGGCACAGCGGCCGCAGAGAACGGACUGUUUCAACUGGAGGUGGAGGUCAACUUUAAUGACAAGGACGGCAAUGUGGUGCCGCAGGUGCGGCUGAGUUGUAUGUGAGAGGGAGAGAGAAGAGAGCUCACGGGCAAGCGUUUAGUCUAUUUAUUGUUGGUAGCCUAAUCAUAAUAAUACAUUAAUAAAAGUAACAUCAAAAGCCGCAAUC